CUGAUGACCAUGAUGAACUCUAGGGAAAAGGUUUUCAAUUCAGAACCUAUCCAAGUUUUCUGCAGAGUACGUCCAGUAAUUAAUUCUUCUGAAAGAACAUGCUUGAAAGUUGUUCCACCUUGUGAGAUACAUUUGACUCAGCCUCAGACUCCUUCUAGACAUGGAAAGAAUAUUAAGUACACAUUCAAAGAAGUGUUUGAAGAAGAUAGCAAGCAAAAGACAGUUUUUGAUCUAGUUGCCUUGCCACUAGUCCAAAAUUUGUUAGUUGGUAAAAGUGGACUUCUUCUUGCUUAUGGAGUUACUGGAAGUGGAAAGACAUAUACCAUGACAGGUAAUGCUGAAAAUCCAGGAAUAAUGCCUCGGUGUUUAGAUGUGAUUUUCAACAGCAUUUAUGAAUAUCAAGCCAAAAAGUUCAUUUUCAAACCAGAUAAGCUUAAUGGAUUUGAGUUGCAGUCUGAUGCUGAUGCUAAAUUAGAUAGGGAUCACGCACUGCUGUCUCAUAUAUCUCAGAAUAAAGGAAGUCGACCAAAAGUGGACAAACUUAAUUCCGAUCCAGAUUUGUUGGGUAGAUCUCGUGACUCUUCGAGGGUUAACUUCAUUGAUGAAGAUAACCACUAUGCAGUUUUUGUCACCUAUGUUGAAGUAUACAACAAUAACGUAUAUGAUUUACUUGAAGAUUUGUAUUCCGAUGCCUCACGACCAAAACCCCUGCAAGCUAAAAUUGUUCGUGAAGACUCAUCUCAUAAUAUGUAUGUUCAUGGUGUUACUGAAGUAGAAAUUAGUUCACCCGAAGAAGCUUUUGAAGUAUUUUAUAAAGGCCAAAAAAGAAAACAUAUAGCUCAGACUACUUUGAAUACUGAAUCCAGUAGAGCUCAUACAGUUUUUAACAUUAGGGUUGUUCAGGCACCAACGGAUGAAAAUGGCGAAACAUUGCUACUCGAUAAGAAGCAGGUCAUAGUGAGCCAGUUAUCCUUGGUCGACUUGGCUGGUAGCGAGAGAUCGGUCAGAACAAAAAAUACUGGGCAAAGGUUAAGGGAAGCAGGUAAUAUUAAUAACUCCUUGCUGACAUUGCGUACCUGCUUGGAAAUUCUGAAGGAAAAUCAGAAUGGUGCCAAUAAAAUGAUUCCUUACAGAGAAUCACGACUAACUCAUUUGUUCAAGAAUUACUUCGAUGGCCAGGGACAAGUUACUAUGAUAAUUUGUGUUAGUCCUUCGUUUGAAGACUUUGAUGAAACACUUCACGUUUUAAAAUUUGCUGAGAUGAGUCAAGAAAUACAAAUGACUUGUCCUACCGUUAUUCCCAGCGUUGGCUAUACUCCUGGUAGGAGAAAAGCUAAUCAGGCAUUCAAAGCAGCAUUACUAGAAUACAAUACAAUUAAAAAAGACCCUUUAAUUGUCGAGACUGUGUCUGCUGAAGUCAAGCCCGAAUUGGGGAAUAAUCCUGAAAAUUUGGCUUAUGAGGAAGCUUUUCGUAAUAUCCCUAUUCUUGACUUCGUUCAAAUGGAUGAUGAUGUUACUUUGAAGAAUGCUGUUUCUUAUUUCAAGGAAAACUCAGAACUUUAUUCAUCUAAUAUCAACAGUAUAAAUACAAGAUAUCAGGCUUUUCGGGAUUCAUUGUUGAAGUCUGAAAGAGAUACUUUUAUGGCUACUCAAGAACUCAAGUCUUUAUCCUCACUUUUAGAAGUUGAAAAAAAUAAGGUUUCUGAUUUCGAAAGGAAACUUCAUCAUACAGUGCAAGAAAUGAAUACGAUGAAAAGGAAAUUUGACGAGUGCGAGCUUACAAUUAAAAGAUUAAAGCGUGAGCUUUCUCAAAAAAACCUAGAAAUAAAUGAAAUGAAAAUAGAGAGAGAAAAUUUAAUAGAAAUUUAUACCAACCAGAUGGCCGAAAAAGAACAAAAGAUGAAUAACGAAUUACACAACAAACUAUCCUCACAAAAAUCAGCAUUUGCGUUGGAGCUUAGAAGAAAAAAAGAAAAAUUGAGAAGAGUCAGAAAGAUUCUAGAUACUGACACGGAUAGCUUGUUGAGCGUUGCUACGUCUAGUGGCGUGCCAGCUACAACUUCUACAGCCCCAACUUCACCACCUGCGAAGACCAAUACAACUGAAGUCCCAUGUCCGAUCGUAACCCCUCCUUCGAACAUACAGGCAAUGGGAGGAGGGCCUGUCCGAUCAAGUGCGCGCAGGCUCGGCAUAGCUGUCUCCAAUAAGCGGCAUCGGAGGUCUCGCUCAGCCGAUGUUUGGUUAGACCACAGGCCAGCCAUUGCUGUGCCGCUUGGUACCGUCAUGCAGCCGAAGAUGAACAAGAAGAAAUCCGUGACUAAGCUGACUCAGGCCAAAGAUGUCACCGAUGGAGCCUCCAAAUAUUGCCUUAUGACUCAGGGACAGGACUCGGACGGAGACUUGGAGACUAGACUCUAUAAGGGCGAUGUUAUUCCAACACUCGGUGGCGGAGCACAAGUGAUGUUUAAUGACAUAGAAGUCUUGAAACAGAUGUCGCCCUCUCGCUCACCAUAUAAGGGAGUUGACUGAUCAUUCUUAUUUUAUAGUGGAUCACCUAUCAUCGACUUUAUAGAAUUUUAAAACAUUUUAAAAUAUGUUUAAUAGAUUAUCUGUAUAACUUUGUUUGGAGCAAACAAAAAUGCUCUGAUUAAAGAUGCGAUUGCAUUGCAUCUUGCAUUAUAAAAUAUUUUUUAAGUAGUGGAACUUGUUAAUGGCUCGAUAGUCGUUAUGUGAUAGACUGAAAUUGAAGAGACAAAAUAUAUUUUUCUAUUGCUUUGUAUUUAGAUACUAUAUUUUUUGUAUUAAUAUGAAAAACGUGUAGUUUAUUGUAGAAAUUAUCAAAGUUAUGUUUACUCUUUGUUCCAUGACAAUUUUGAAUUGUAUUUAUUUUAUUUUUUUCUUUAUUUCAAUAUUUAUUGAUUAAUAAAGAACUUUAAUCCAUCUUUUAUUUAUGUAUGAUUUAGUUAUUGAUGUAAUAAUUUAUCAAAAAAAAAUUGUGUUAAACCUCUGAUAAUGGUUAAAAUACAUUUUAAAUCUUUU